AUUAAUAUCAAUGGAGACAAAUCCACCAAACUCUGAAUUAAUGUCGCCGGUCCGUAGUUUCCCAAACAUGUUCUUUUGCAGUGACUUCCAAAACGAUGAAGAAUUUAAUGCUUCAGCAUCUGCAUAUACUUAUAUGCAUGUUGAUUGUUCCCGGUCGCCGGAAGACCCUGUUAGAUCCCCUGAUGUUUUGGUAUCCAACAAUUUUAUGAAAAACGCGGUUAUUGAUGACCAGGAUAUGGAUAUUGAUGAAGCAUCCCAAGAUUCCCAGAUGGAAGCCAUGACUGUAGCUGUUUCUGGAUCAUCUCAUGGUCCUUCUAUGUUUGAGGAAUCACCACGCGGCCAGUUAGACGGUCCUUCGAACCCAUACUUUGUUUUUGAUACCCCUCAGGGAACCCGCUACUGGAUUCCUAAUGUUGCUGAUAAGUUCAUACCGGUGUGUGGCAAAACAUAUCCAACCUUUCAGGAUGUUCUUUCCAUGUAUGAACUCUAUGCGCUCGAAGCAGGGUUUUCUGUAAAAAAAGGUCAAACUAAAGUCUGGAAUGGAAUUCCCACACACAAGUAUCUCAGAUGCUCAAAAUAUGGGAAACCCCAACCAAAGCGGACUUUUGACACCCUAGAUGAAUCUUCUGUUAAGCACCGGAGGACCACCUUCUCAUGGUGUGACUGUAAGGCAAGCAUACUAGUAUCGAUAUCGAACGAUUCAUACACAGUCCUAACUUUCAAUGAUAUUCAUAAUCAUGAACUUGUUGAGAGUUACAACCGUGAUCUUAGUAAGAUAUCACGGAAACUGUCAUUCUCCACGAAACAAUUCAUUCAUAACAUGAGUCUAAACCGCAUUGGACCAAUGAGGUCUUAUAGAUGCCUUGUAGCUUUAAAAGGAGGGCAUCACAAUGUCAAUGGGACACCGGUCGAUUUUAAAAACUUUAGCCACCAGCUGCGAAUUUUUAUUGGUGAACGCGACGCACAAGUUUUCCUAGAACGCUUGCGUGAGCGUUAUGACAACCUACCCAACUUCUUUUUUGAUUACACCGUAUCAAAUGGAAAGUUGUCCUCUGUAUUCUGGGCUGAUGAGAUUUCAAAGCUUAACUACAAAGCUUUUGGCGAUGUCCUAGCGUUUGAUGCAACUUACAGCACAAACAGGUACAAGAUGGUUUUUGUGCCAUUCACGGGUGUGGAUCAUCAUUUCCAAUGUGUUACAUUUGGAGCUGGUUUGAUAUCAACUGAGUCAAUUGAAUCUUACGUGUGGUUGCUUAAGGCUUUCUUGAAGGCACACGGUACUCAACCAACUCUCGUGCUGAGUGAUCAAGACCCAUCCAUGCUACAAGCUGUUCCUAUGGUCUUUACAGAAUCACGUCACCGUCUAUGCAUGUGGCAUAUAAUGAAAAAACUACCAUCCAAGAUCUCAGCCGACGUGCUCGAUAACACUGAUCUUCGGUCCUGCAUUCAUCGGUUGGUUUGGAAUGUUUAUAUCAAACCUGAAACGUUUGAGUCCCGCUGGAAUGACCUCCUACAAACAUUUGGGCUUCAAGAGCACAGCUGGUUAAACGACAUGUACAACAUGAGACAUCUCUGGGUUCCAGCCUACUUUAGAGAACUGCCCAUGUGUUGCUUGAUGAAGACCACCUCCCGAUGCGAAAGCUCUAAUGCGGCCUUCAAGGUUAACUCAACAAGCGCAAACACGCUUGUACAAUUUAUGAUGUGCUUUGAAAAUAGGGUAGACAGCCAACGAUAUCGUCAACGUGUUUCGGAGUUCAAAACCUCUUCUACCAUGUUCUCUGGCAAUACUGAGUUAGCGAUAGAGCAACACGCGUUCGCCAUUUACACAAACGCUGUUUUCGCCCAAGUGCAAAAAGAAAUAAUUAAAGGUAAGUUUUUAUGCUACAUCACAAACCAAAGCGAGACGAGCGAUUCCAGUCUUCUGAUAGACGUCACUCAUUUGGAUAAAAGGAACAACAUCACAAAUGUCUAUCAGGUUACGUACAACAAUGUCGAUCAAUCGGCCAAUUGCUCAUGCAGGAAUUUCACACGUAUCGGGUAUCUGUGUCGCCAUGUCUUUUGUGUCUAUCGCUUGAAAAAUGUUGAAAGGAUUCCACCACAAUACAUAAACGACAGGUGGCGCCGAGAUGCCCUCCCCAAACAUGUUUUUUCAAUUUCCAGUCGAUACGGAGUCAACCCACACGCACCGUCCAUUAUGCGGAAUGAAAUCCUCGACCUCGUUACUGAAUGCGUAGAUGUUGCUAGAACCGAUGAGGACGCGUUGGCAAAACUGGUUGACCAACUCAGGGAUUUCAAGAUCAAUGUUCUUUCCAGGCAACCGUUGGCAACAACUGAAAAUGAAUCAAAUGAGGCUCAAAUGGAAGAAAUAGUUGGGCAACCAAUCAACAUUCCAGUCGAAGUUGCUAAUCCAGAAGUUGCACGCAAUAAAGGAUGUGGUACUCAUACUCGCAUUUCUGGGCCCGGUGAGAAGGCCAAAGCAAAACCACCAAAACGUCCAAAGCAGCUUCGCUUAUGCAAGCGUUGUGGUCUGUAUGUCGACGACCACGACUCACGCAACUGCCUUAAGGUGGCUGCAAUGAAAGCAGCAAAGGCAGCUGCUGAACAACUAAGGCAGACUGCCACUGGCGACUGAUCAUCUGAUUAAAAUCAUUUUAUGUAGUACUAUGUAAUGGGAGACUCUUCAUUUUGGCCUUCUUACGCACAUGUAACAGUCUUUUGUCAUCAUCCUGCUAUUAUCUGUUACGUGUGUAAGAAGGUAUAACUUUUUGAGUCCCAAUAAUCAUAUUUAGGAUUGUAAGAAACUAUAUGGCCUUUGGCCACUUUUGUCGUAUUAGGCCCGAAGGUCAUUCGUGGACCGCUGUGGUAUAUUAAGCGGAAGCAGCUUAUCUUAACAUUUAACUGCAUUUUGAUA